AUAUGAUUGCCAGACAUCGGGUCCACGAUUAUAUCCGUAGCGAUUCUCCAUAUCUAAAGGACCAGUUUGUAAAUGCAUCUAACGUUACCCUUUUAAAUGCUAUGGUUGUCGACGAUUUGCUGGCAUAUGAGGCCCAGUGGCCAUCCGGUGGCAUACUUUCCACUGUCGACGAUCUGCUAUCGUUUGGAAACUUUAUGCUAAACAGCUAUAAGAAUGUUCAAAAUGAUACAAAAUUAGGACUCUUAAAAUCUGAAACUGUUAAACAAAUCUGGAAACCAAUCAUUGAGAAAUAUCACGAUCAGUUUGGUUCACAUAAAAACGCACAUGGUUGGGCAGUGACUGAAUUGCUGCGACCGAUUGUCUGCACUAAUAAAUGCCAAAUGCCGUCAACCAUAAGACGUGUCGUCUGGAAAACUGGUGGACUGACAGGACUGACGACCAUUAUUAUGAUACUUCCCGAUCAGGACUUAAUUGUCACGAUUUUGUCAAACAAUUCAAGUUUUGACGAUAUCUUCGAGUCGGCUCUACGAGUGGUUAAAGAGUUCAUGAUU